AUGACAAAAUGGGGAAAACACCGAAAGGUACCGAAUGAUACCGAGAGGUACCGAAAGGUUCCGGAUGAUAUCGAAAACGGGGAACCGAGGUGUCGGGCCAAGGAGGGCGGAGUUGAAGGCUGGAAAAUGAAUGGGGAGGACAAAUGGUGGGUGGAGGAAUGGUUUAAGGGCAUGUCACGGGAUGUCGGAGGUCCGUCAGGAUAUUGGAGCAAAUCUGGGGUCUCCGAAUGUCCCGACUCGGGACCGGGGUUCCGGGAUGGGAGUAGCCAAGGUUCGGUGUGCCACAACCAGACCGGAGCUGAGACAGUCAGGAGGGAAGGUGACUUGGAGAGUGGGGAGGCAUGGUGUAGGGGAUGGUGA